AUGUCUGGAAUAAACAACCCAUCUGGUGUUUCUGGUGGUGCUUCUACAGGUCCUGGCUCUGGCGCAGGAGCACCAAAGGAUGGAACAAUGAAAGCUCCUGGACAAGACGUUUGCAUAUCCAGGGAGGGUUUUGAGAAAAACCCUGCUGGAUAUUUUCAGGAAGAGAAUGCAAGUGACUUGCAUAUCUUGUCGAGAGCCAUAAAUGGAAAUCCAUGUGGAUUUAGAAAAGAUGAGAGAAACUGCAAGUAG